AUGGAGGUUCUUCGGCCGGAUACAGUCCUUCGGAAUGGGGGUCGCUGUGCCAUGCGAGGAUCCUGCGGGCCAAAAGAGAUGUUUGGGAAGCCUCUCCCUUGUCCAUAUGACGGUUCACCAUCUGAGGAUGACGUCGACCGGGAACUGCUCACGACCCUGUGCGGUGAAGACUUCGCCCAAGGACCCGUCUGUUGCAAGACGGACCAGCUGCAAGUCCUCCGAGACAACCUCGGACUGGCUGAGAACCUCAUCUCUGCAUGCCCGGCAUGCCGGAACAACUUCCGCAAGUUUUGGUGUUCCUUCACAUGUUCACCAGACCAGAGCAACUUCGUGCACAUCACCGAGACACAGAAAUCCUCCACCGGCAAGACUGCAGUCAAGACCGCAGACUUCUUCGUCUCGGAGGAGUUCGGAAACGGAUUCUACGACAGCUGCAAACAGAUCAAGCUCGGAGCUACCAACGGAUAUGUCAUGGACCUUCUUGGUGGUGGCGCGAAGAACUACCACGAGUUCUUCAAGUUUAUGGGCGAGGAGAAAGACAUGGGCAGUCCUUUCACAAUCAACUUCCCCUCACCUUCGGCGGACGACGCCCCUGCGCUAAACGCAACCGUGCGUAAUUGCUACGACAGCGACCUGGGCAGCAAGUGCACAUGCAUAGACUGCGAGCAAGUAUGCCCAGCACUUCCUACCCUCCCCCCUCCCGGAGCCGCGCCCACCUGCCAUGUCGGCUACAUUUCCUGCCUCACUUUCAUUCUCGUCAUUUCGUAUGGUGUUGCCGUUUCGCUCUCGUACGAGCGUGUAGCCCUUUCCUCCGACACCGACUCACAGCACGUCGUCUCCCCACGGACUCAUGCACGAGGCCUCGUUGGCGCAUCUUCCUUGGCCCAAUACAUCGACGGCGAAGGAUCCACCGGCACACAAUCUGAAUCCCGUCGCCUAGGUCGUGGUGCCUCUCUACUCGACCCCAUUGAGACCGUACAACCUCGCCACUACCGCCUCAACAACUUCCUCCGUAGGACCUUCUACAGGAUCGGUCUAUUCUCGUCCACCUACCCGUGGCUCAACUUCGCCAUUGUAUUCUCCAUCAUGGGUUUACUCAACCUUGGCUGGAGGCGGUUUGAGAUUGAGACGGACCCGGUUCGCCUAUGGGUUGCCCCAGACUCGGAAGCCAAGCUGCAGAAAGAAUUCUUUGAUGAGCACUUCGGUCCUUUCUACCGUAUAGAACAAGUCUUCGUGACCUCCACCAACGGCACCUCCCUCGACGACCGUGAGUCCGUUCUAUCAUGGGAACACCUUCAAUACUGGGCGGAAAAGGAAGCUGCUAUCCGACAACUCCGCUCCUCACCGAACGAUUACGUUCUCGACGAUCUAUGCCUCAAGCCUGCAGGUCCAGACGGUUUCUGUGUCGUGCAGUCUAUCAUGGCAUGGUACGGGAACGACCUCUCCGACUACGACCCGGACACAUGGGCGGACCGACUUGUAGGAUGUGCGCAGCAACCGGUUAACUGCCUACCAGACUUCCAACAGCCACUCACACCCGCACUUGUUCUCGGCAAGGUGCCCGAAAACGAGGAUGGAGAGAAGGGAUACCUGGAUGCCAAAGCCCUCAUUAUCACCUUCGUGGUUCGCGGUACGCUGGAUCCCGUCGAGGAGGCCAAGGCAAUGGAAUGGGAACCUCAGCGUAGCGCACCAGAAGAGGCCGGUUUGGAAAUUGCAUGGUUGGUAGGCGUUUCCAUUGAAGAGGAGAUCAACAAGAGCACAAACACGGACAUAAAGAUUGUCGUCCUCUCCUAUGUCGCGAUGUUCUUCUACGUCGCUUUCACUCUUGGCAACGGUUCAAGCAUCCGUGACGAAGAUGGCCCCUGGGCCUCUAUGUCGCUGUGGGCCCGAAAUCUCCCCAAAUUCUUCUCUCAUGGGACCGCCUCCUCAACACUUUCCCUCGAUUCACGUACCACUCCCACAGUCUUCCCUCGCCUUCCUCGCGGUCUGUUCGUCGGGUCCAAAUUCACGCUCGGACUUUUCGGCAUCGCGCUCGUCAUCCUAUCCGUCUCCUCCUCCGUGGGCUUGUUCUCCUUCAUUGGCGUCAUCCCUUUCCUUGUUCUCGCCGUUGGUGUCGACAAUGUCUUCAUCCUUGUUCACGAGCUCGAUAGGCAGAACCUCCUUCAUGGCCCCAACGCUACUACGAGCAUUACUCCUGUCUGGACGUACUCCGACACGCCGAUGAGCCCUACUCAGUCACGCCGCGGCUCCACGCCACAGUACCUCGGCCCCGAAGAACGUGUCGCAAGAACCCUCGCGAAAAUGGGCCCGUCCAUCUUGCUCAGUACGGUCACGGAGACAACGGCGUUCGCCUUGGGUGCGCUCGUGCCUAUGCCUGCCGUGCGGAAUUUCGCGCUGUACGCUGCAGGCAGUGUGUUCCUGAACGCGUUGCUACAAAUCACCGUGUUUGUCAGCGCGAUGGUCAUCGACUUGAGACGUGUCGAGGCCAGUCGUGUGGAUUGUGUUCCUUGCCUGAGGCUACCUCCACGGAUCGUUCUCCUUGAGGCACCGCCAACAGGCAGCGGCCUCAGCCUCAUCGCCCGCUUCAUUCGAAAGCGGUACGCUCCUUUCCUCCUCAAACCGGCUGUCAAGGGUGCAGUCUUGUUGAUUUUCGGGGGUGUCAUGGUCGCGUCUAUAAUUUCCGUGCAGAACAUCAAACUCGGAUUUGAUCAACGCCUUGCGUUCCCUCCGGAGUCAAACUUGAUCAAAGUCUGCGGUCGUUUCACCACUUGCGAUCCACUGUCAGUAGCGAGCAUGCUGGAGCUGGAACGCGGUCGCCCAGAGGUUUCGUACAUCGCUCAGCCCGCCGCGUCCUGGCUCGACGAGUACUUCAACUGGCUCGACCCAAACAAGGAGAAGUGCUGCCGGGACCAUGAGCCCGCAUGGAACAUCACGAUGGACGGCCUCCCCGAGGGCGACGAGUUCAUGAUGUACCUCAAGCAAUGGCUCGCCGCGUACGGCGACGCGCUCGCGCUCACCCCCGACGGCGCCGCCGUGGCCGCCUCGCACUUCCGCACGUACCACACCCCGAUGAAGGGCCAGGCCGACUUCAUCAACUCGCUCGCCGCCGCGCGUCGCGUCGCGGACGACCUCGCGGCGCAGACGGGCGCGCAGGUCUUCCCGUACUCGCCCCACUACGUCUUCUUCGACCAGUUCGCGCACAUCGUCGCGAUCACCGAGCAGAUCCUCGGCCUCGGCCUCGCCGCGGUCCUGUUCGUCACCGCCCUCCUGCUCGGCUCCUGGCGCACGGGCACGAUCGUCACGGGGGUCGUCGCGCUCACCUUCUGUGCGCACGUCGCGCGUGCAUUUAUGAGCGCCGGCACCGGUCUCCCUGUGGACCACCCCGCGGGGCAGAAGGAGCGCGACGAGCGGAUGUGGAUCGCGCUGGUGGACGUCGGUCCUUCGGUGCUCUCUGGCAUCACUUUCACGAAGCUGAUCGGCAUGUGUGUGCUCGCCCUGACCCGCUCUAAGUUCCUAGAGAUCUACUACUUCCGCAUGUGGAUUACGCUCAUCAUCUCCGGCGCGUUGCACGGAGGGUCUGGUUUCCCUCAGCAGGAGGCCGACGAAGAGUGGAUGUCUCAUGCUAUUCGCAACGAUUACGAAUACACGCCCUUCUUGGCAGACGAUGAUUCAGUUUCGAGCGACUAA